AGAUUGCUUCGAUCAUACGGUAAAAUGUCGAAUUGUCCAACAAAAACUACUGCUUCGGGGUCAUCAAAGAAAAAAAGUAAGAAUGAAGCUUUUGUGUGGACAGAUGAUGAAGUGGACCUUCUAUUAAGCGUCGUUUCAGAAUAUAAAAUCGCGAAAACGUCAGAAAAUUUCGAUUGGGAAACCUGCCAGUCAAAAUAUGCUGACAUUUUGGAUCUGUUUAUAUCACAAUAUCCUUCCGCUGAAAACGCUAUUCAGCUUGAUAAGGAAUUUCCGCAUCAAGAAAAUGAGCUUACAAAAGCUAUUCUGACGUCCAAAAUGAAAGCCAUUCGCUCAAAGUUUCGCGCUGCCAUCGACAGUGAGAAAAGUGGCCAUGGAAGAGUUGUCCUUCUCUUCUUUGAUAAAUGCCAGGAAAUAUGGGGUGGCUCGCCAGCUACAACCACGCUACAAAAUGGCAUUGAAACGAGUCAAAUAAGUGACGAACAAGAACUUGACUUGUCAUUUAGCUCUCCUUCUUCCAGCACCCAUAAUUCCCAACCCUACCAACAAAAUAUCCCUACCACAAGGUCCAUCUCUCCACUGAGAAGGGAAAGUGAAACCUCAAAUGAGCACGAGUGUUUGGAAGUCGAUGAUGAACAAGAUCCAACACUAAAAGAUUCAAGUUCCCUAAAGGAAAGACGAGAUCUACUAAAUAACAGAUUAAAGAGCUACAGACAAGACAAACUUAAACGAAAACUCUCUGUUGACGCUCAACUUCUCAAUAUUGCCAAGGAAGAUAUGGAAAUGAAGAAAAGGAUUUUUUCAAAAAUGGAUGAUAUAGACAGACAGCAGGAGAAAACAUGA